UUGGGGAGUCAAGUAAGUUCUGGAUUGGUUGAAAACGAAAACACAACAACCAUGGCGGCCGGUCCGAUUGCUGAGCGCAAUCAAGAUGCCACCAUUUACGUUGGAGGACUUGACGAGAAAGUGUCAGAGGCUUUAUUAUGGGAACUCUUCGUCCAGAGCGGACCUGUUGUCAAUGUCCACAUGCCAAAGGAUCGUGUGUCCCAAAUGCACCAAGGCUAUGGAUUUGUAGAGUUCAUGGGCGAGGAUGACGCAGAUUACGCGAUCAAAAUCAUGAACAUGAUUAAAUUAUAUGGAAAGCCCAUCAGAGUUAACAAGGCGUCAGCACAUCAAAAGAAUCUUGAUGUCGGAGCGAACAUCUUCAUCGGUAAUCUCGACCCUGAAGUAGACGAAAAAUUGCUCUAUGACACAUUCUCUGCGUUCGGAGUUAUUUUGCAAACUCCUAAAAUCAUGCGCGACCCUGAGAGUGGAAAUUCUAAGGGCUUCGCUUUCAUCAACUUUGCCAGCUUUGAGGCGUCUGACGCAUCCAUUGAAGCUAUGAAUGGGCAGUACCUUUGCAAUCGCCCCAUCUCAGUUUCCUAUGCUUUCAAGAAAGACUCCAAGGGCGAACGCCACGGUUCCGCUGCGGAGCGUCUGCUGGCAGCACAGAACCCUUUGUCGCAGGCGGACCGGCCUCACCAGCUGUUCGCCGACGCACCACCACCCUCUGUGCCCCCCAUCCCGAUCGUUCCGCCCCCACCACCCAUGGGCCACGGAGGAAUCACCAUGGUGCCGCCCCCGCCGCCUGCACCCCCCUCGAACCUGCCCCCUCCGCCUCCUGUACCACCCCCAGCAGGCAUGCCGCUCGGGAUGGGCAUGGGUAUUCCGCAACCACCUCUGCCCCCGAUGCCGCCUCCACCUCCCAGCAGGCCUCCGAUGCCUCCAAACAUGCCCCCGAUGCCCCCAAACCAGCCCAUGGCGCCAAUGCCUCCUGGUCCGCCAAGGAUGAUGCCACCGUGGCAAGGAGGGCCACAGGGAAUGGGUGCACCACCACCUCCUCCUGGCGGCUGGAGACCGCCGCCUCCAUUUGGCAGGCCUCCAUUCCCACCACAGGGGCCACCGCCUCCACCACCCCCACCGCGCAUGAUGCGGCCACCGCCACCACCGGAAGAUCAAGGAGGCUGGUAGUGUGGAUUCUGAUAAUAUUGAGGCUUAAUUUUUGUAACAUAAUGCUGGAAUAAAUAAAUCAUUUGAUUUUGA